AAAAGAAGAGAAGAUUAGAGUAAUGGAAGAAGAUGGAGUGGUGGUGGUGGUGGGAGAGAAAGAGAAGAAUAGCAGUGAAAAAGAAUGGGAAUUGUUGGGGACAAGCUUCUUCCUUGAGCAAAUGAGAGAGGAAAGAGCAAGAAGAGAUGAAGCUGUGGAGAAAUGGAAACAACUAUAUCUCACUAUCAAAACUGAGCUUGAUGAUCUCGUUCAACGAACACAUGGAGAUGGGCUAUAUUGGAGAGCAGAGGAAGAAGACAUGAUCAAAGAGCUAAGGAGGGAGCUGAAAGAGAAGCAAGAGAACACGGAAGCUCUAAAAGCUCAAUUAGCUUCAGCCGAACGUGAAGUACACAAAAGGGAACGGGAAAUUGAUAUUCUGAGGCAGAGUUUCAGAAUUAUGAGCUGUAACAAAAAGGCGGCAGCGGCAGCGGCAGCCCGUGGUGUCAGCAAAAGUGUCUCCAAGAGUUUUGCACUUGUGAAACAGAUCGAUGAGAAAAGCAAAUGAAUAUCAGAAGUAUUCAAAGAAUUGAAGUAGAUGAGCAGAAGUAAUGCAAAAUUGGGUAUGUAAGAUAUAUAAGGGGUCAGUAAUGAACAUUUUGCAUUUCUUUCCUGGAACCAGAAAAAAAUCACAACGCAGAAAC